AUGUCUGUGUACAGCUCGCUGGGUGGAGACUCAUCCUCACUGUGGACUUUCAUCCUGUUCUCAGCUUUGCUCGUCUGGACUCCCGUUCAAGUUAUUCCGACGUCCCGUGAUGGUACAGGAAGUCUUUCUAGAAGUCCAGAAGUCUUCAGCAGCCAACUUGGUGAGGUUCUGGUGAUUGGUUCAAAUCUUCCAAUCAUCGCUGCUCCGGGUGAUGAUGUCAUCCUGCCGUGUCACCUGGCGCCCAUGUUCGAUGUCCAGGGUCUGACGGUGGAGUGGUCCAAACCCGACCUGAAGCCCGACCCGUCGGACCGGCUGAGCCGAGUGGAGUACGUUCACCUGUACAGGGACAGGAAGGAGGUCCCCGACAUGAAGAUGGCCUCGUACUUCAGGAGGACGGAGCUGUUCAUGGACGACAUGAAACACGGGAACAUUUCACUGAAGAUCCUGAACGUGUCGGAGGAAGACAACGGCAGAUACAGAUGUUUCAUCCCCAAGCUGCAGAGCAGAGUGAAAGCUGCUGUUGUUGAACUUGUAGUCGACCCAAACUAUGGGAAAAUGUCAUCGACACCACUGCAUCCCAGAAACGUCCAAACUCCAGAUCCUGAGGACACGACUCAGAGAAACACAGGUCGGUCCAGGGUCGCUGUGCUGAUCUCCAUCAUCAUCACUGUUUCUUUACUUGUAGUCGCUGCACUUGCUGCUUAUUUCUCUCGCCAUCACACAAAAGAAGCAUUCGGGGGACCAGGGGAUCCAAAGUCAUAACAAUUACUAGUGCUUUGCACAAAGGAUUGUUGGUGUUAAUGGAGUGGAGAGCGUUGGUUUAUCUUUUCUGGAUCCUGACAAUUUGGUUGGGGAUUCAAACAAGCAGCCACAGGAAGACACUUCAGUCCAGCAGCACUGAGAUCAUCAUAAGGUCACUUUUACAAAAGUGUUUGACAACUAUCAGAUAAAACACAGAGUGAAUGCUACACAGUAAAUAAAUGAAAGACGUUACAUGUAAGUUAUUAUCAUCAUAAAUAGCAAGAAGUCUGAGAGCACGAAGCUCUGCCGAGGAAAGUAUUUACUUAAAAAAAUAAGUUUUCUAUUUUGUACGUAUUCGUUUUGUUUUCUUUGUUUGUUUGUACUUUAUGAAGUUUGCAAAGCAGUAAAUAUGUGAUAAUAAUCUGACAGAUGUUUACUUUGAUUGCACAAACAUUAUGUAGGAGUCAUGGAUGAAUAACAGGUAUUUAUUUGUAAAUAACUGACUAUAUAAAACUUGAGCUGAUUAUUUAAUUUUACACUAUAGUAUAUUUCUGACUAACGGGGCAUCUUACCAUCUUUCUCUGGGGUCAACUUAAAAAAGCUUUUAUUUGGUAUAGAAAUUCGCAGUUAACCUCGCUGAUGUGAAGCAUGCACUUGACCAUAGAUGGAGAGAUGGUGUCUUUGAUUUUUAAAUGUUUGUCUUGACAUUUGUUCUACUUAUUUUUUAUGAACUUUAGUGUGUUUCUUUUAUUUGUCUUUAAUGUUUAAAAUCACCUCCUUCCUGCUCUUUGUAAACUUUGUUUUUAAAGUGUGUUAUAA